AUGGGGAACUCGAGGCACAGAAGGUCUAACUGUUCUGUCCAAAGUGUCACAGUGGCCCUCCUAUAAGUUGAACCUGGAAGUCCUCACUACAGUAAUAGCGCAUAACUUGCAAAAAAUACAAAUGGGCUUGUAGAGUCUCAUCCUGUGAAGGUUCUGCUGUCUUGUUUGGACACAAAAGAAAAGAGUGUGCCAAGUUCAGGCAGUGAUGGUGAAUUUGUGUGAAGCUCAGCCUAGGCAGGAGUUUUGGAAAUCAGAAAACAGUGGUAAAGGAACGGCCCCCUUGACAUUCUGCUGAUAUAAUUUAGAAUCUGAGGGAAACGUUUGAAAGCAUGGAAGACACAGAAGAAAAUCCCAGUGCUCUUGAGGUGACUGACAGUAGUCGCCAUGAGAGCAAAAGCCACAGGACGGUACUUCAUCUGCUGAUAAAAAUGAUCAACAAGUCUCGAUGGAAGAUCCUUGGAGUACUAGCUGUAUUUGGAGUGAUGGUGUGGUAUACAAUAUCCCGGGAAGAAAGUUUUGAUUUUCACAUUAUGCAAGAUGAAAAGAUGACUUGUCCUCUGGGAGAAGUAGAAAAGAAAGCUGCACAGCUCAUAGCAAAUUAUACACGGGAUCAUCCACUAUUUUUACAGCUAAAGGACUACUUCUGGGUAAAGACCCCCUCACUCUAUGAGCUACCAUAUGGGACUAAGGGAACUGAGGAAAUACUCCUCCGGCUCUUGGCUGUCACAAGUUACUCUCUUCCUGAAAGCGUACAAAGUUUGAAGUGCCGGAAAUGUGCAGUUGUAGGGAAUGGUCACCGACUCAGAAACAGCUCUAUGGGAGAUGUCAUUAACAAAUACGAUGUUGUGAUCAGGUUGAACAAUGCUCCUGUCCAUGGUUAUGAACAUGAUGUGGGCUCCAAAACCACUAUGCGGCUCUUCUAUCCAGAAUCAGCACACUUUAACCCCCAAACCGAAAAUAACCCAAACACAUUGCUGGUGCUCGUGGCAUUCAAACCCAUGGAUUUCCUGUGGAUGGAAACAAUUCUCCAUGAUAAGAAGAGAAUUCGAAAGGGCUUCUGGAAACAGCCUCCAUUAAUCUGGGAUGCAAAUCCUGAGCAAGUGAGAAUCCUGAAUCCAUAUUUUAUGGAAAUUACUGCUGCUAAAUUGCUUAAUAUACCAAUGAAGCAGCUGAGGAAGUUUAAACAGAAACCAACCACAGGAUUGGUAGCUAUCACAUUAGCCUUGCACUUCUGCGACAUGGUCCAUAUUGCAGGCUUCGGAUACCCAGAUUCUGCCAACAAGAAGCAGUCUAUACACUACUACGAACAAAUCACUGUGAAGUCUAUGGCUACAUCAGGGCACAAUGUUUCACAUGAAGCAUCAGCAAUAAAAAAGAUGCUUGAAAUGGGACUGAUCAAGAACCUCACUUACUUCUGAUGAUAUAUGGACUUCUGCUCUGCCCCCCCCCCCCGCCCCCACCGAGCUGGUUGUUUGGUCAGCUCUUGGGGCUGGCAGCUUCUCACACACAGUUGCCUCUUCUUCCCCAAACUGACUGAUGAAGAGACCCUGGAAUAUUGCUCAAAGGACAGAUGGGGGUAGAAGCGUGUCGUGGAUGGCCCCGGAAAGAGCUGGAUGUCAGUGAGCAGAGCAGGGGGCCUUGGUUGAUGGUGACCUCCAUGGAGUCGUCUGCAUCUGAAAAGCUGCAAGAUUUUCUUGACUUCAGAUAAAGGUUUUUAGGAAAUGAAGCUCCUGAAAUCUUCCGUAGCGGUAGAGAUGUACUGUUUCAGUGACCAAAGCCAGUUCUGACUGUGGGCCUCACCAGUGAUGCAAGCGACAUUCCCAUAGGAGUCCAAUCAUCUCUGCUGUGGCAUGUUGCUGCGUGAAUCACUGUUGCCUUCCCACUCUGAGAGAUGCAGUGGCGGCUGUUUACUCGUCUGUGUAACUGAUUCUUUUGUUGCCCAGUUGAGCAAUAGGCAACUGAAUGGUGGAUUAUUGAGUGUUAGCCAUCUUUGCUUUCCUGCCAUAAUGAAGAUAAUACAAAGUGUUCUGGUUCAUGUCCCCUGUGCAGUAAAAGAGUUUAGGAUGGUCAGGAGAAAGAUGGCUGGAGCUGAUGGUGUUGAUCAUGUUUAUCUCUCUUCCAUUGGCUAUGUUUUUUGAGACUGCAGCAUAAGAGGAGAAUACCCUUCAGUAUUUUUUAGAUUUUAAAAUUUUUUUUAACUGAAAACAUUCAAGAUGAACUGAACGCUUGGUUUUUCCAGGCACUUGGCUGAAAGUAAUUCUCCUUCUGUGAAGGAUGUGUGUAUUUGUGAGUGUAUGUUUAAUCUCUUUCUUUCUCUGUCCAAACCUGUUUUUCAAUAUAAACUUUAGGCUUCUUUCCUCCAGUAUAUGGGAGUUACAUCCCUGCCAGAAUAAGAUUACAAUACAAAGGAAGGGAGAAAAUACAGGAACGUGCCUCAUACUGAGUCAUGCCAUUGAUCUAUCUAGCCCAAACGUUUCAACAGACUGGAAGAUGCUUUCCAGGGUUUGGGAAGGAGGCUUUCCUGACCCUUUCUGUAGAUGCAAGAGAAUAAACCUGGGCUUUCUACAAGUAAAACAUGUGCUCCCCGAAGGAGUUGAGAAGUGCUCCUUGUAGAGAGAAGGAACCAAAAUAGUGUUUCUCAGUAAUUGAACCUAAGACUACACAGCACCUUUGUCUGCCUUUUCCAGUAUAUAGAAAAGAUUUGCCAUCACGACUGAUCAGGGGUUAAAAGUGGGAUGAAAGUGGAAUGAAUUUAAAGUAAACUGCCUCUUUAUUUAGGCAAGUGGAGCGGGUUGGUCCAGUUAUUUCAGAAAUGGGCCCCAAGUUGGAUUUAACUUCCUAUCAUGGGCACAAGAGCAAUGCUUGGCAGAGGCUGUUCUCUAAUAUUUCUGGUUUUGUGUAGGCCUAAGAGUCAAGAGCCUACAUUGCUUCAGUGUAGCAGAAAUAUCUGCUGGCAUUGUUAACAUUAUGCAAUUUCUGUGCUGAAUAACAAUGUGGCAAAUUGUAUGUGGAUCAGUGGUUAAUCGUCAGAGUUGACAACCCAUUGCAUAAUCGCAGUGUGCAAAGGCAAGGCAUAGAAACAAUGUUCACCCCACUCUUUGAACUUUAAUGUGCUACCCUAUGCACAACAGCCUCAAGCGUGCAACUCCACUUACAUGCCAUCAGCUGAAAAGUUACUCUACAUGCAUAGUGCAACUUACGUUUGCAUAUGUCACUAAUAGGAUGCCAACCAAUAUGUUCAUUUCCUUCUUAUCAUUCCUGUUUUAGGAUCGAGGUGUAUUUAUGUCCCUUAAGUGCACUUGUUCCUUGUUAAAAGUCUGAAUUGACUACUGCAGAAUCUGGAACCUUUUGCAUUCAUAAAGGGGGAGAACACAAAGUGAGACAGAUGAUGAAAUACAUUCUCAAUAGACCAUCACCAUACUUUGCAUGAGCAAAUAAUGUGCCUUAGUCAUGACUGCAAGCACCCAACUUUCUGGGCCUUGCCAGGAACACUACCUCCAAUAGCUUAGGCCAUCACUUCUAUUGCCCUGAAGAUAGUUGGUUGUCCAUAGUAUAGUCUGUAAGAAUAUCCAGAGGACAUAAACACAGGGGCUGGUUUAUCCUGGAAAUCCAGAUUGUUCCUUGCAGGUAAGGGGAAAGAGAGCUUGAAAGUUGUGGUUCUAAGGGGAUUUGACUCCCAUGACUUCUGUUUUUUUCCUUAUUAAGUGAUACUACAGUUCGUUGUUAAGUAAUUUAAUAAAUUUAAUUUAAAGCUACCCUUAUAAAUCAUAAAUAAAACACAGUUGUUUAUUUCAAA